AUGGGAGAAAUGCGAGACGAGGAACGGGAUGGCCCAACUUCGGAUGAACAACACAGGAUAGAAGUAACGGAGGAGGCUUUUCCGCGGCUUCCUUUACCGGAAAAAGAAGAAAGCCGUGUGACAGGAAAUGGCACAAGUUGUGCGCAGGAGCUUUCUUUGGAAGACAUGGAUGAGAUGCCAGACGCUUCAGAGGCCACAGCAUCAGUCCACGAUUUUAAUUUGGCCCCAGCUUCAGAGGCAAGAACAAUGCAAGAUACAACUAAAGAGCAUGAAAUAUCAGACACCACAGAGACUUCGUCAACGGAAUCUCCCGACAAAGAUGACUCAGACGCGAAUCAAAACAACGAAGUACAUCUAACGCCGAUAGCCAAAGCUGAAGUGCAAUCAACUCCAAUGGCAAGACGACACAUUUCUGCAAUUCCCGCACCCACAGCGCCUAGAAAUCCCGCAUCAACAGCAGCAAAGUUCAGUCCAGACGCAGGACUGGUGAAAAAGCGACAGUAUACAUCAACAUCAUCAGAUUCAACCCAAGACAUCGAAGUGACACAUGCAGCAAAAAAGAUUGUGGUGAUCUCAGAUAAUGUCUUAAGUGAAGACUUGUCUAGUGUGUCGUCAGAUAGUUCACAAGACAUGCAAAGUGAUUAA